AUGGUGGGAUUUACCUGUUGCGUCCCUGGCUGCUAUAACAACAGCGCGAAAAACAAAGGGUUAGGCUUCUACAGCUUUCCGAAGGAGAAACGCCCAAGAGAGGAAUGGAUUGCGAGAAUCGGUCGAGCGGGCAACAAAGGCCGCCCAUCAGAGGAGCCUUCUACAUCUGCCACCGCUGCAUCCAACCACAGUGUAGAGCUUGCGAGGAAUGACCACAUCACUGAUGGAUCCGUUGUUCCUGAGCACGGGUACGGGCUUCCGACUCAGUGUUUGGACGAGCUACGUGCAAUCAUCCUGAGCCAAAAAGUCAUGUUACUUGAGUUGCAAGAAAAAGUCAGUGAAGCCAAGGAAGAUGCAGAGGCCCAAAGGAUUAGACUCAGGCAGACAGAAGUGGCAGCAGCAGACAAGUUCAAUGAAAUUAAAAAAGAAAACAGUGUGCUCAGAAGUCAACUUGCCUAUUUGCAAGCUGAGGUGGAGACACUCAAGGAGAGCCUAGAAGCAAAAACUGAAGAAUUAUCGUACAGUGCACUCCUUAGUGAGCCCAGAAAAAUGAGAUACUACACUGGCUUUUCUUCACCAGAGCUACUUAAGGGGUUCUUCUCAUUCUUGCAACCACAAAUCGAACAUCUUCAGUAUUGGCAAGCGUCACCAAAGACAACAAGCAGGAACAGAAGAUUUGUUCUGUCCUCAGAAGAUCAGCUGCUUCUUACUCUUAUGAGGCUAAGGCUUGGACUGGAUGGUGUGGACCUGGCUUACAGAUUUGGAGUAUCUGAGAGCACACUGUCAAGAAUCUGGAUCACAUGGGUGGACUUCCUGUACAACCGCCUUCGCCAGGUGCCAACUGUUCUCACACCCGAGUUGUGUGACAAGUACAGGCCACAACCAUUCAAGGACAAAGGCUACUCAACUGUUGAUGGAAUCCUUGAUUGCACGGAAAUAUUCAUAGAAACCCCAUCAUCGUUUCGUGUGCAGAGUGACACAUAUUACAACUAUAAAAAACUUAAUACUGCUAAGGGACUGGUAAUGUGCAGCCCCAAUGGCCUGGUGACAUAUGUGUCUGACCUUUCACCGGGGCGACUUUCAGACAAGGACCUAACUAUUAGCAGUGGGGUCCUCGAGACGAUUUGUGCCGGUAGAAGCGUCAUGGCUGAUCGUGGAUUUUUGAUUGAGGAAGAGUGCAGGAAACGUUCUAUUGCUUUGAACAUUCCACCUUUCAUGAGAGGAAAGAGCCAACUCAGCCAGGAGGAAGAACAGGAAACAAGAAAAAUUGCAAGCAUUCGGAUUCACAUUGAAAGGGUGAUCCGGCGCAUCAAAAAUUAUGAGAUACUGGCUACUGUCCUCCCAAACACCAUGACCAACCAGUUAAACAAGAUAUGGCAUAUCUGUGCUCGCAUCAUCAAUUUCACGGACAGGCCACUGCUGGACAAGAGUGCUACACCAGAUGCUGAAAACUGA